GGACGAACAAAACAACGACAAAGGAGAGAAUUUCAAAGGAGAUCGACGACGGCGAAGGGAUAUGGAGGAAGACACUGUGGCGGUGACCGGAGGUGCAUCGAGUCGAUACGCGCUGAAACAGGGUCGUAUAAAAAACGAAGACAUACUCAUAUGUAUAGAUGUAGAUGCGGAAUCGAGGGCGGAGAUGAAGACCACUGGAACCAAUGGUAAGCCUUUGAUUAGGAUGGAGUGCGUCAAGCAAGCCAUUAUCCUCUUCAUCCACAAUAAGCUCUCCAUCAAUCCUGAUCAUCGCUUUGCUUUCGCUACUCUCUCCAAAUCAGCCGCUUGGCUGAAAAAGGAUUUCACCAGCAAUGUUGAAUCUGCUGUUGCUUCCUUAAGAGGAUUGUCAGCUAAUAAAACCUCUAGUCGAGCGGAUCUCACACUUCUCUUCCGGGCUGCGGCUCAGGAAGCCAAAAUUUCCAGAUCACAAAACCGAAUUUUCAGGGUGAUUCUCAUAUACUGCAGGUCAUCGAUGAGACCAACACAUGAUUGGCCCUUAAACCAGAAGCUCUUCACAUUGGAUGUUAUGUAUCUGCAUGACAAGCCAAGUCCUGAUAAUUGUCCUCAAGAUGUGUAUGACUCUCUCGUCGAUGCUGUAGAACAUGUUUCAGAGUAUGAAGGUUACAUAUUUGAGAGUGGUCAAGGGCUUGCACGGUCUGUUUUCAAGCCCAUGUCGAUGUUGUUAUCUCAUCCUCAACAAAGAUGUGCUCAAGAUGAUCUUGACAUCCCCAGGUCUCUUGCUAAGAAGGUGCCUGUGACUGAGGCGACAAAUGCUGUAGAUCAUUACAAUGGGAACAAUAUUCAGAUCAUAAGCUAAUGAAAACACUGUUACUCAAACAACUUGUAUCUUGUAUCUUUUGGUUAUGAUAUGGUUGUAAGUUUCGCAUGUGAGAAAUAAUUACUCAAAAACUUGUUCUAGAUCCAUGUCAAGUAAGAAACUCAAAUGUCCAGAUCAAUAUAAAUGAGUUUCUUAUU